GCGUCGUUCGGGAAGAGAUUCCGUUGUAAAUGGAUGGCCGAGAAGGCAUGCUCUUCACUGUUCGCAAAUAAAGAAACUGAUCAGAAUCCCGUACUGAGCGGAUUCACAGAAUCACUUGCAACGGUUGGAUAUCGCGAAGAGCUGCUCGAAUUCUGUGUGCCUAUUCAAAUCGCUCACAACUACGAGGACGACGUCACAAUCACCUUCAAAUUGGAGUACUGUUUACGAGGAACAUUCUCCUGA